AUGUGCAAGAGGGAGUUCCGUACUUGGCAGUCGCUUGGCGGCCACCGCGCCAGCCAAAAGGGCUGUUACGAGAGGGCCAGAGAUACAAGAGAGUACGGUCGUAAUGACGGCAAGAAGAGAAGAAGGAAGCGAGGGAGGGAGGAAGCCGGAUCGGACCGUCUGAGGCCGACCCAGUUGAUGCAGCUGCAGCUGCAGCACCACCACCAGCAAGAUGCAAGAGAGUCCGGUCCUACAGCCGAUGGGUGUAGAACAAGGAAGAGAAUGAUAAAGGAAACUAUGGAGAUGUCGGAGGAGGCCAAGCCUAUUGAGGCAGCUGCGGCGGAGGAGGCGUCGCAGGAGAAUAGGUACAUCUGCAGUUGGUGCAACAAGGAGUUCCCCACCAGGCAGGCGCUCGGCGGCCAUCGCACCAACCACAAGGACCAAAAGGGCUGUUCCGAGAGGACCAAAGAAGCAAUAGAGUAUGAUUCUAGAGCCGACAAGAAGAUGACGGGGACGAGAGAGAAAAAGGAAACAGAGUCGUCGGAGGGCAAGCCAAUUGAGGCAGUAGCGACGCAUCCUAAUUGGACAAACUAUCUUCGCAUUCACCCAAGAGACAAGCAUUAA